AAAAUAAAUUCAAAUCUGCAGCAAAGUCUUCCUCAUUAUUUGUAAUUCAUUGAAUGGAAACUCGUUGCGUUGGCUUAUCAAUGCACUGAUAAUGCAUUUGCGUCACAGUUUUGAGCUGCGGUGGGGUUAAAUGAUGGAUGUGAUGGAUGGGUGGAUGUAACUUACAUUCGUUGAACGUAGCGUGACCAGAAGAUCGCUGCGAAUUGUGUUGAUCUUGCCCAAAGACGUGCGAUAGCUCAGAUUCAAGUUGGGAAACAAGUUGGCGAUAAUAAUGGGUGCCCUGCAAACAGCAAAACGUUAUUGUUAUUAUCAAUUAUUAUAUUGCAAUCUGCUCGGUCUCCAAUUAACCACCGAUUGCUUCAAAUCAGUAGCUCGCAAUUAAAUAUACAACACCUCUUUCGAUUGUUGCAGAGGUCUACAGUCCAACUUUGUUUGAGUUCAAUAGCCUAUACAUUCUUCUAUACAUGUGUACGUACUUAUGUAUGUACAUACAAAUGUGUGAAUUAAAGUUAGAAUACAUUUUAAACUAAGUGCUUGUGGCAGCGCAGCUGAUAAGUGUAUAGUUGCUCAUAAAAUAUAGCACAGAAUUGAACUUUGAGCCGCCAUUGUUCCAUUGGAAUCAUCAAAAUAAAAAAUCACCUGAUGCUACUUUGUUUUGAUACGAAAUAUGAUAAUAAAAAUGAACUAAUCCAGAUAAAUGUCGUCUUUGAAAUCUACCGCCGAAACAGUGCUACCAGAUGAUACUACCAGGUGUUAGUUGUGCUGCCACAUCAUUGCAGAUAACUUUUCUUGUAUAAAGAUUCCGUUAGAAUUCUCCACGCCACUGAAAGUUAUCUGAAAUAUAAAAUACACCAUGUUUCGUGUGCACUGCAACAAGUGCUCGAGACGACGCGAUAUCGAGCCGGCCAUUCCCUUCCAAUUGACGCGAUGUCAUCACAUUAUCUGCGGCCCCUGCCUAACAGCUUGUGCUGCCGAAAAGAAGUGCCCAAUUUGCGGGCGCCCACUGCAGUCAAUCGCCAUUAGUCGGGACAUGCCCAUUAGUGUGGCAAACUACUUCCAGGACCCCGCGAAAUUUCUCCAGCUCUACAGGAAGAUAAGCAAGUUCCAGAGCGAGCAAAGAUCAUCCGACAACCUUCACUUCUGGCGCAGAGAGCAGCGAUAUGACGACUUGCAGCUCAAGCUCGACGGCUACACCAAAAUGGAGGCUCAGCUGAAUCAGCAAACGAAGGUGGAGAAGAAACGCAUCGCCGAACUACGCGAGUACAUUGCAUAUCACGAACGUCCGGCGGUGGACAGCUUGGACGGCAGCUUAAGUUCAAGCGAAUACAUAGCAGCCGGUGGCCACAGCCGUGGCCGUCCCCAAACUCCCUCAGAUCACGCUACGACGGACAACACGCUAUCGGAUGACUUGGUGGAGAGUUUCUGCUUGGACUCGGAAACAGACUUUGUAACAAAGAAAUCAAAGCAUCAUCCAAUGUCCACAUCGAUGAGAAACUCGGGCAGCCAGAGCCAGGACUUUCAAAUGUAAUUUAAAACAAGUAUAGUGUACUCAUAGGUCGUUAGUUGGAACUAGUAAAAAUUAUCAUCUCAUGUUCUGGAAAAUUUCUAUGGGAUAAGCCAAGUGUUUUAUAUAUGUAUGUAUAUACAUAUAAAUAGUGUGCAGGAAUGCUGCGCGCGUACUC